AUGCAAUAUCCUACAUCAGAGAAUGCAAUGUUGAUGCAAUCAGAAGAAAGGCGCUUGUACACUACUAACAGCAUGGUUUCAAUGGGCCGAAGGUACAGCUACUUCUCAGAGUCAAAAGUUGUGUUGAAGAACUCAAUUCCUGUCAUAGCAUCUAUGAUUUUACAAUACGCGUUAGGAUUGAUGUUGAUAUACUUUGUUAAGGGCUUGGGAGAGAAAAAGCUCGCUGCAGUGAGUCUAUGCAAUACUCUUUACUACAUUACAGGACCAGCUUUAUUCAACGGUUUUUCAACCUCGUUGGAUACUCUUUGCAAUCAAGCUUUUGGUGCGAAAAAGUUCCAUGAAGUAGGGUAUUACUGCCAACAAUGCAUAGUACUAAUGGCUUUGCUCCUAGUGCCACUCACACUAUUCCAUUUUAAUUGCGUCAAAAUUUUGCUUGAACCUUUUUUUAUAAAAGAUGAAGAGAUCGUCAAUAGCUGUCAAUAUUACUUGCGUGUGAUCAUAUUCGGGACGCCAGCUCUUAUUAUUUUUGAAGUAGAGAGGCGAUUUCUACUCUGCCAGGGAAUUUUUCACCCGCCAACUUUCAUUUUACUGCUUCUUGUUCCAAUCAACAUGAUAUGGUGCUCGUACUCAAUACCCAAAUUUGCAUUCAGCAUAGUUCCAUGGAUUCCGGUCGUGAAUUAUUGGUUCAUGGCCAUCAGCCUCUCAAUAUAUAUUCUUUGGACCAAAAACCCAAUCUAUCCAAGGAAGUGCUUCAUACCUAUCAGAAACAUUACGAGACUCACUAAAAACAUGGGGCAUAUGUUUCAUCUUUCAUUAAACGGUGUAUGUAUGACAAUAAGUGAGGCUAUGGCUUUUCAAAUUUUGACAUUCAUGACCUGCAAACUCUCAAUCAAUGAAUUGGCUGCUCAGUCUAUAGUUAUCACAGUUGCCGAUGGCAUAUUUCAAAUACCAUUUGGAGUCAGUAUAUGCUGUUGUACCAAGUUGGCAAAUGUAAUAGGUUCCGGAGACUUGAUCUAUUCAAAAUUCUUGGUAAGAACGUAUCUUUUCAUGUCCUUUAUUUUGGGUUCGAUUUGCCUCAUCGCAACUUUCUUCACCAAGGAUCUUAUAGCCCACAUAUUAUCACCAUCUGGUCCUUUGAAGUCUACUAUAGAAGAUAUUACAUCUAAAACUUUGAUUAUAGUAUCUGUCAAUCAGUUUGGAGACUGUAUUAACAUAAUUUGUUCUGGAAUACUAAGAGCCCAAGGGAGGCAAAGAGUUGGCUCUAUUUUAAAUUUUGUGUGUUUUUAUGUGCUUGCGUUACCGAUAGAAUUUAUCUUGGGAUUCCGUUCGAAGUACGGAAUUUAUGGUUUGUGGUCUGGUCUUGGUCUUGGUAUUAUAAUUUUGUUUUCUAGCGAGAUAAUUUCGAUCUUACGCUCUAAUUGGAAUAAUGUUUUGGAAAGGUGCUCUAAGAUAAAUGCGAAAUCUCAAUUCGAUUGUCCUUUGAUUUGA